GGACGAUCCAUCACAUUUUCGUCAAAAGUCAACAUUUUUCUACACGAUACUGACAAAGUUUGAAGUACAUGAUUGCGAAAGUACCUCAGGACUACUCCAUGCCCUGCCGUUCCUAGCGAGACAUAAGUGCGUUCCCAGCACGGGCAACCAUGACUAUCCACAUAGAGGGUCUCGUGGCCAUCGCGAUCUUUUAUAUGCUCAUCCUCGUUGUGGGCAUCUGGGCCGCGUGGAAAAACAAGCACUCCGGGGAGACGGAGGGCACGGACCGCAGUGAGACCAUCAUGGUCGGGGGUAGGGAUAUCGGCUUGUUCGUGGGUGGAUUCACCAUGACAGCGACCUGGGUUGGAGGAGGGUACAUCAACGGCACGGCUGAGUAUGUAUAUCUACCUGGCUUCGGCUUAGCUUGGGCACAAGCGCCGUUCGGAUACGCACUGAGUCUUGUAGUUGGUGGUCUUUUUUUCGCCAAGCCGAUGCGCUCGCGCGGUUACGUCACCAUGCUGGACCCGUUCCAGCAAAUAUACGGGAAGCGCAUGGGGGGGCUGCUCUUCAUCCCUGCCCUAAUGGGAGAAAUAUUCUGGUCUGCGGCCAUCUUAUCUGCCCUUGGUGCGACCCUGAGCGUGAUCGUGGACAUCAACAUCAAAAUGUCUGUUGUUCUAUCCGCUCUCAUUGCCAUUUUCUACACUCUGGUGGGAGGGCUCUACUCUGUGGCCUACACCGACGUGGUGCAGCUUUUCUGCAUCUUCAUUGGUCUGUGGAUCAGCGUACCGUUUGCCCUUACCAACCCGGCGGUGGCGGACAUCACGGUGACGGCAGUGAAGGAGGUGUAUCAGGCCCCAUGGAGGGGCAGCAUCAGCUCGGGUGACACAUGGGUCUGGAUAGACAACUUCUGCCUCCUGAUGCUGGGAGGUAUCCCAUGGCAGGUCUACUUCCAGAGGGUUCUGUCUGCAUCCUCAGCCACCUAUGCCCAGGUGCUCUCCUUCUUGGCUGCGUUCGGGUGCCUGGUGAUGGCCGUGCCCUCUGUGCUCAUAGGGGCCAUUGGGGCCUCCACUGACUGGAACCAGACGAGCUACGGAGCCAUCUCCCCAAAGGACAAGGACCAGGCCGACAUGAUCCUGCCCAUCGUCCUCCAGCACCUCUGUCCUCCCUUUGUCUCCUUCUUCGGCCUUGGAGCAGUCUCAGCUGCUGUCAUGUCCUCCGCCGACUCCUCCAUCCUCUCUGCCAGCUCCAUGUUCGCCAGGAACAUCUACCAAAUGGCCUUCCGCCAGUCGGCAUCGGACCGGGAGAUCGUCUGGGUGAUGCGGAUCACCAUCUUCGUGUUCGGGGGUCUGGCCACGGUGAUGGCGCUGGUCACGGGUACGGUGUACGGCUUGUGGUACCUGAGCUCUGACCUGGUCUACGUCAUCAUCUUCCCCCAGCUGCUCAGCGUCCUCUUCAUCAAGGGCACCAACACCUACGGCUCAGUGGCCGCCUACCUCUUCGGCAUGGUGCUACGUAUCGGGGGCGGGGAGCCGUACCUCCAUCUGCCCCCCUUCAUCUACUACCCCGGGUGGACCUUGGAGCAGCGAGUGGACCACCUGACGGGGGCCAUUGAAGAGGUGGUGGUCCAGCGGUUUCCCUUCAAGACCAUGUCAAUGCUGGCCUCCUUUCUUGGCAACGUGGGGGUUUCCUACCUGGCCAAGUACCUGUUUGAGAGCGGCAAACUGUCGCACAAGUACGACUUCCUGGACGCCGUGGUGUCCAAGGACAGCGCUGAGAUCAUGGACAAGACCACUCUGGUCGCCCGCGGCAACAACAUUGGCCUGUCGGAGAUGGGGCCGGUCAAGCCGCGACUCAGCGUCACGCUGGCGGCCGCGUUCACGCGCCGGGACACGCUGCCCACGGAGAUGGUGGAGGAGGAGGAGGAGUCCAGCCCGGACUCCUCCCACCAUGACGGGGAAUGAGUGUAUAGGGAUACUCAUGGAAACAGACCACAACCUUCCUUCCUUGGA